CAUCAGAGGAGUUGUGUUCUUGGCUCAGGUAAAUUUUAAACCAGAACGAAAUUGACAAAUAACUUUUAAGAAUAUUUAGUACACGUGUAUACUUUUCAAAGGUCACGUUACUAAUAGAUCGAAUAUAUUCACCCACGUUAAAUGUGCUUUAACUACUAUUAUUUUAGUGUGUACUAAAUAAUAUUACUUCAAGGUAUCUUCAACUAAUGUAUUUACCUCGAUUUCUAAAUUCAGUCAUUAAAAUAAGUACGGGAAGAAGAAUGACGUCACAAUUGCCACUGUUCAUUGAAGGCGAAGUUAUCAAAGGUUUUGGAAGAGGAUCUAAAGACUUAGGAUGUCCAACAGCAAAUUUUUCCUUAGAUGUAGUAAAAUCUUUACCAAACGGAACUCAACCUGGUGUUUACUAUGGGUGGGCUCAGAUUGACUCUGGCUCUGUCCAUAAAAUGGUUGCCAAUAUCGGAUGGUGUCCUUUUUAUAACAAUAAAGAGAUGUCAAUUGAAACACAUGUUAUGCACAAAUUUGACACCGACUUUUAUGGAUCAAACCUCAAAAUAUGUAUUGUUGGUUACUUGAGAGGAGAAAAGAACUUCAAAUCUUUGGAAGACUUGAUAGAAGCCAUUCAACAAGAUAUUAAAAAUGCCGACGAAGAGCUAGAUCAUGAAGACGCCAGAAAUUUAAAAACUAAUUCGUUUUGGAACAGAGUACAGUGAGAAUUCCGAAUUUUACAUCACAAACCCUGAUCCAGGCUUAAAUAGGAAAGUGAAGCAAAAGAUUGUGAGGAAACCGGACUAAUCCCAAUAGGACCCUUUAUCCUCUGGGUUGGAAGGUUAAAUGGCAGUCGCUCUCGUAAAAACUAGUGUCCACGCCAAAUCUUGGGUUUUACGGCAAUGCUGCCAAAUCGGACCCCAAGCUCCCAUGUUGAUUGCACAGCACGAAAUGUGAUAAUUAUAAUAAAAUUGAACCAUACUUGGACAUUUUCGGAUAGCUUUGUAGACUCGUCCGGCCUGGAAAAGGUUAAUAGCAUUAUUUAAUGAAUCAUGUUUUAUGGAUAAUGAUUAUGGCUAUUAUGAAUUUAUUAUUUUGACUACAAUACAGUGUAACAUAUACUCGAGUGAUAAGGUAGAAGGUACAUUCAAUCAUGUUAAGUAAUUUCGGCAGAUGGGGUAAAUGUCCUGCUUUAAACGCGACCAGGGGUUUUCAAAGUGUGGGGCGCAGCAGCAUAAUAAGAGGGGUACGGGGCCGUGGGCCAACUUUCAGGUUCAGUAAUGUGUGAUGUGUCCGCUUGUCACAGGGGUGGGAGGCGUGGACAUUUCCUUUUAGGCAACAGGGAGACGUGUCUAAAAAAAAAAAAAGUUUGGGAACCCCUGAUCUAAUAAUCUGAAUACAUAAUUUACUUUCAAAUGUCUUGCAUAGAGGACUAACGUCAUGUCACCUCUACUUAUGCCUAUAAAACUAAGUGCCAGCCCUGGCAUAUUCCUGUGAAGUACCUACUCUCCAGACCUCAUUUACAUUGAUACCACGUGAAAUAUCCAAAUAUUUUUUAGACGCCUCCAUGCCAUUAAUUAUUUAGGUAUAUUAGUGAAAUGCUAAGCCCACGCCUUUUAAACUCUUCACGUUUAUAAUGAACGCUUUUAUCUCGCACGUAUGAAGUAAUUUGUUUACACUGUAUUGUUCAAUUACGAGUAGAUAAGUACUAAGUAGUUAAUAUAAAUUGUUGAUUUAUGAUUAUAGACAUUAUAGUUUAUUUUAAUGGUUAAGUUUUAAGUAUAUGGCAUUGCCGACGUACAUAUGUAGAUAUUACCUCUAUAUCCUAUAUCGAGGGUUUACUGGUGAAACCCGAUAAAUCGAGAUAAUUUGUCCUUGAAAUAACAAAAUACAUAUAACCACGCCUGUAUCCCAUAGCGGGGUAGGCAGAGCACAUGAACUACUAAGUU